AUGACAGAGGAAGAGAAACAAACUGAAGCUGUGAAGACUAUCCAUUCUGAAACCGACGAAAUUAAAUCUAAACGAUUGAACGCUGGUACUAUUGUUGAAACGCUACCAGGUCGUCUUGAAUUACGAACUAAUAAUCCAUGGGAGGAAUCAUGUGGUCACACACGUGCUGUUCGACGUGGACCCUUUGUCAUCAUAGCUGGUACAACAGCUAGUGAUAUCACAAAAGGAGUUCUUUAUCCUGAAAGUACAUAUCAUCAAGCAGUAAUCAUCUUUGAACGUAUUACUGAUGCAUUGUUAACCAUAGGAGCUCAACUUACAGAUAUUGUUCGUAUACGAAUGUUUAUUACUGAUAUAGCCGAUCAAGAUGAAGUUUGUCGAGCAUUCAAAGAAACUUUUUAUUCUUGCGGCAUUCGAGUAGCUGCAACACUUGUUCAAGUCAAUGCUCUUGUUCAUCCUGAUAUGCGUGUUGAGAUUGAAGCUGAUGCUAUUGUUAUGUAA